AUGUCUCAAGAGCGAAGGGAAGAUAGAUUGAAACUAUCACAGACAGAGUCUCUACUUUCUUCCACCUCUUCCACCCGGCACAACUUUCAGUCAGAAGACCAAAGCGCAAAUACAUCCUCGCGAUCUUCCCUGACCCCCCAAGUUGAGCCGCAUCCCGACCCAACAGGGCUGCCUUUCGUCGAAUCUGACGCAAGCAGAAUCGACGAGCCGAAACUCCGAGAAUCACUCUCGAUAUGGAAGCUCUUGUACAAAGUAUUCAUUUGGGAGAUGCUCGCCAUGAUCCUCUCUACCAUAUUGCUAAUCGCAAUCGUCGCGGUCUUGGCCAACUACAGCCCCCAACCCCAACCGGUCUGGAAAUUAGUAUCGCUAAAUUCGGUCAUCUCCUGGCUGAGCACCAUCGCCAAAGCCUGUGUCCUGUUUUCCGUCAGCGAGGGACUGGAACAGCUGAAAUGGGUCUGGUACACGCAAAAGUCGCGACCGAUAUCUGAGCUCCAGACGUUUGAUUCAACCAGUCGUGAAAUUUGUGGCAGUGCUGAACUGAUUUGGAAUCUACGCGCGAGGUAUGCUCCCUCUAUUCUUCUGAUUUUAUGA